CGGUAGCAGGUUCUCAGUCCAGCAACGCAACCGUGACCUUCUGACGAUCAUUGGUGUUACAGUUCGAGUUGCUGGAUCUUCAGAUGGCAUGACAUGUAUGUACCAGUCACGCGGCAGGAGCGCCAUGGUCGCUGGUAGUAGAGUGUAGCUACCAUUCUCCUCCCAGCAUUGUCAUCCAUGUGAGUAUUCUUAGUUAGAUCAAGGCAUUGUGUGUACUUGGCUGAAGCUAGCCACAUGGUCAGUUCCUUGGCAUCUUUGGCCUCACCGGUACCGUACCUAUAUGCAUUGCGUACCGGCUCGGGAAGGUCCCCAGCGCCUUUCAAUAUGUCCGGCACCGCUGUGUCCCCAGCAUUGCUUGCUUCCAUUUUGUUCCGAUUUCCUUUUCCUUUCCAGAUUAGUUAGAUCAAUGCAUUACAUACAUGUACAUGUACUUGGCCAGAGCCAGCUAGCUAGCCACACGGCCAAUUCCUUGCCACCUUUGACCUCACCGGUACCGAACCCACCGGUACCAGUAGAACCGCUGGUGCCGCCGGUAUCGGUGUGUCAGCAUGCCAACAGCUCCACUAACUUGUGUUCAAGAAUGCAGUCCUGUUGCGAAAAAACAUUCUUGUAAGUGGAGGCGAGCCCGCUCGUAGGUUAAAAAAUGACGGUCGUUAACUCCAUUGGUUGACAAGACGUUCUGCUUGUAGGAAUUCACUGUGCUGCAGUCCAAUUUUGUGUUGCCAUGCUCGGCAUUCACAUCCUGUCUAUUGGAGGGAGUUUCUUCUUUGUUUUCGGCUCUUUUUCUUUCUCUUGGAUUGAGGUCGGAGCAGGCAGUUGACUGAGAGUGGACAACGAAUGUAUGGAAGGCAUUGAUGGCAGUGCUAGGUAGUUGUGGAUGGACACGUUGAUACAUCUAUUCAUCACUCUCUGUUAUAUAUCAUAGAAGUGUAGAUAGAUAGAUUGAUUGAUUAUCUAUCUUGCUACAGUACAGAACCAUGAUGCUCUGUGGUAACAUUCCAAUGUCCACCAGGACACCAUCGUCCUCGGACUAUGACAACAACAACAAUACCACUGGCAAUACUACUAGUAAUGGUAGCAAUGCUGCUGCCAAAGCCCAACGUCAAGCAGCCGCGAGAACCGCUGCUGCCAAGAGCAAAUCGAAACUGUGGGGUCCUUCUCAUUCCUUUGACAGCGACGAUGAGGAAGAAGGUACUGGUCAAUUAGGUGCCCGUCCUCGACAAGCUGCCAGUGGUUGGUGGGAUACCGUCAACAAAGCGUGGACCGACUUGGGACACUCGGCCCAAGAGGUGGUCAAUAGCAGUACUUGGUCAGCAGCAGCAGCAACCGCCACUACUAGUAGCGCACCCGUCAAACGCAGUCGAUCGAGUUUGGUAGUCAAGAAACCCAUGGCAGGAAUCCCGGAAGAACAAGAAGCAGACGAAGACUCGACAGAUCCAUCCACUCAGGAAGACUCACAUGAAAAUAAUACCAACAGCAACAGCAAUACCAACAACCAGCAUCAUGGGACAUCACAUGAUGGAAGGAAUGCUGCAUCGCAGGCUACCACUAGUGGAUUCAGCAGUACUGCCAAUGGCAAUCAUCGCAACAUGUCCAGAGGCUCUUCCAGAGCUACCUGGUCCACCAGUCCACCACAAGAUAACACUUCAGCAGCGGCUUCCACAUCACCGCUCAAUACCAGUGCCGAAAAUGUAGCCAAUAAGGUCGAAGAAUGGACCGACUUGUUCAGCAAUGCGUGUGGAGCUGCCAGUCCUUGUUCCGCACAAGAUUUAGAAGAACUAUUUGGAAAACAACAAAGAAGACACACCAAGCAACAGCCAGCUGGUUUGGGAAUUGCGCCCAUGAGACUCGAUGAUGAGGAUGAGGAAGAAGAUGAUAAUAUUCUCAUGCAUACAUGUCAUACCAUCAAAAACACUAGUCUUAACCUUUCCACAGAGCUGAAACCGCUACCGGAACUACCGCGACGGCAACAACCGCAACAACAACAACAAGUACCACCCCCACCCCAGCGAACACUCAGUGAAGAAUCACCGGCCGAGAGACGACGACAACGUGCGGCUGUGAGACGACAAUGUCACGAAGAUGCCGCUCGGUCCGUGUCGGGACAAUCCACACAACAGCAACAGUCACCGGCUCAUGAAGACUUUGAAGUCACGUCCCAACAACGGGUACUGAUUACACAACCCACCACCACUUCGGUAUUGCAAUCACAGUCACAACUACCACCACCCUCGGAGAAUGUAUUGCAAUACACACCGCCACCAUCACAACAACAAACGUCUGACCCCUUGCCAUUGGAAACAUUGUUAGUCAGAGAAGACGAAGCUGCUGCUUUGGAGCGAUCCAUUAGCGAACUCACCAUGCGAAGUUCCUAUCAAGGAGAAGUGACGCGGACCAAUGGACGACCUGCUGCUCCCGAUCAACGACGCAUGGCAUAUUAUGCCGUGGGACGUCAUCAUCGGCUCAACGCCGGAACCCGCUCCGGCGGCAAUCGACGGUGCUACUUCAGUGGCAAACUCAUCUUUGGUGGAGCCCCCUUUUAUGCCGGAAUUGUCCAACAAGGUUUGCGGACGUUGGUGGUCUUUUGCUUGCCGUCGGCGUUGGGCAUGCCUCAUAACUUGCCCGCAUUUCAUCAAGCCAGCGCCCCCAAGAGACGGCCCAGUUGUGGGGGUGCCACCGGUUCCAGCAGUGGAACCAGGGGAGGACUCUUGCAACGGUCCCGACGAACGCUCAGUUCGGCCGCGUCGGGAAGUAUUCAACUGUCCAAGUCACCCUCCAAGCUCAGUUCCACCAUUAAUCUGGACGACAUGUCGUUGAGUAUUGAAGGAGAUAUCGAUCCCAACUGGAACUUGGACAAGGACUUUUUGCUCAGCAUUUUGCCCAAUCCGUCGGAUGAAGUACUGGCGGAAAUGAACCAACGGUAUCCGGAACAGUUUGAAACACUCCCCGUGCAAGUGCGUCAUGCGUCUUGUUGGAGACUCUUUGUCAAGUUUUGUUUCUUUAGUGGCCUGCCCAUUGCCGAGGGAGAAUUGCACUAUCAAGUGCGACCGUCCUUGGCACUGGAACUGUACGGAGAAGAGAUUGUACUGAGUCAUGAUGUCAUGGAAGCGGUGAAUGGUGCUUCCAGUGCGGAAAUCUUGAAACUACCCAAUCGCAAGACUUUUCGGUAUCUCAAGAAGCAUUAUCCACAGCAGAGUCAAAAGUUGCCAGAUAUUGUCUUUGAACGGGCUUCGUGGGAACAAGUCAAAGCCGAGGUGUGACAGGGCAGGAGGUUUGGAACCACGAUGCAAAGAGGCUCGUGAAGGAGUACACUACAUACGAUGCAAAAGCAAUGCUUGAAAACAGUACAUGUUGUAGCAAAACGUAGCAAUCAUAAUAACAUGUAAUCGUUGCAUCCAUCAUAAUAUACACUACAGCAUGACAUACGCUAGAAAACUACAAAGAUCAAUCGAUCGAGCCGAAACCUGGUU